AUGAAUGUUUUACUAUCCUUAAACUCAAGCUCAAGCUUAAUCAACAUUUCAAAACCAUACAAACAUCAUCAUAACCUUCAACUUUCAAAUAAUCAUCAAAGACAACCUCGUAUAGUACAAUUUUCUGUUUCAUGCAGAGCCACAAAAAGUGUUCCAAUGAAUCAUAAGCUAGAUGAUGAUGAUGGAAACUUGUACAAGAUACUAUGUUUGAGUUCCAAUAGAGCAACAGCAGAUGAGAUAAAGAGAGCAUAUAGAAGAAUGGCUCUUCAGUAUCAUCCUGAUGUUUGUCAUGAUCGUAUGAAGAAAGAGGAAUCAACUAGAAUGUUUGUACAAGUUAAUGCAGCUUAUAAGACUCUGUCGGAUCCAAAGCUUAAAGAAGAGUAUGAUUCAAAGUUAUUGGGUGAUUUGAGAAGAAGUAAAUGGAUGGAACAAAUUGUUGAGUUGAAUAGAAGAUCUCAAAGAGGUGAGGGAGGUGCAUCAUCAUGGGGUUGUAGAAUGAGGGCCAGAAAUAAUAGUAACUAG